AUCAAAAUGCCACCAAAGAAAUCAAUAGCUAAAGCUGGAAAAAAGGGUAAAAAAGAUAAAAAGAAGGAAGAGCCCGAGCCAGAAGCGGAACCACCACUACAAGAUUCAGUAACAUCUGUGCAAGAAAAGGACUUGGAUCUAAUACAAGAUCUAAAUGAAGAAUUUUUCGCUAGGGCCAAUAAGAUCAUACAAAUGUUGAUGGAAAGAGGACGCACCUUUGAGGCCUCUAAAAUUAAACAAUAUACCGAUAUAAUUUUCAAAUUACAUCGUAAAUAUGUGGAGGAAGUUAAAGAAAAUGAAGAGCUCAAGCCUCAGGUGGCUAAAGCAGAUACAAAAUUAAAAAUGGCUUUGGAAUUGACCGCCAACUCGGAAGAAGCCAUGCAACAUUUGAAACAGUCAUUAAGUGAGGCCUGGCAUGAAUCUGAUGCUGCUUUAAUGCGCGAGCAGGAGAUACAAGAGAAAUUUCAAGAAAUUCUUAUGAAAUGUGAAAAUUUUGAGAGCAAAGAAUCUAAGCAGGAUGAAAAUGCUGAAUUUGGCCAUUUAUCGAAAUAUAAAAAUAUUAUAUUACGAGAACGUGAUCGCAUUAAUGGCGAGGUUAUCGAUUUGGAAAAACGUUUACAAUUGCAACGUUACUAUUCCGAGUCCUUGGAGUACAUUAUACACAAUCAUGAGGAUAGUUUGAAUAAAAUGGGUAACCGGGCUAAAGUCAUGGAUGCCGAAAAACAUAGUAUGGAUACAAAGAUAAGAACCUUGAUUAACAAUUUAGAAGAUCAAAAGGAUAUGAAUAAUAAGACUUUAAAUAAGUUGGAGUCAACGUUAAAAGAGCUAAACGAAACUCAAUCAAAACUAGCCAAGAAAACAGCCGACUAUGAUCGUUUAAAAUUGGUGGCGGAAAAGCUAAGAAACGACAAUUCGUUAAACCUCAAACAGCUGGCGAAAUACGAAGGCGAAAUAUCCGAUUUACACAAAGAGCAAAAGGAAACUGAGGAACUUGUAAGAAGUUUACGUUUGGAGGAUAAAGUCAAGAGUAAUACUAUCACACAGAUAAAUAAUAAAUAUAAAAAAGCGGUGCAAGAUCACAGUGCAGUUUCCUCCAAACUUUACAAAAUUAAUCGCCUAAAUAAUGGUUUGAAUGAGGAUAUAGUAAGAUUUAAAAAUCAAACCAAUUCUUUGGAAAAGGAUCUUUUAAAUUCCGCUCAAAAGUUCGAUGACCUAAGACGUUUGAAGGAUAAUGUGCAAAGAGAGCGUGAAAACUUACGCAGUGAUAUUGUUAAAUUAAACAAUCAAAUAGCCGAUUUGAGACACACCAUUAUGAUGCAGAGCAAUACCAUUGAUGGUUUACAUUUGGAUAUUAAUAAACUGAAUGUUAAGCUGGAUGAGGCCAAGAUAAAUAUUGCGAAAGCUGAAAAGGAAAGAGAUGAAAUGGCUCAAGAAGUGGAAACCUUACAUGAGCGCAUAGAAUAUUAUCAGGAUCAAAUUCAAUUAAAAACCGAUCAAGUCACCGACUUAACCGAAAAACUACAACAAAAACAAUAUCAAUUAAUAAACAUGAAAAAACAAUUGGAAACUGUGCAUUCGGAAAAAAUGAUGUUGCAAAGAUCUUUAGAAACCUGUACACAAGAACGAGAUAACUUUCGUUUAUUACAAACAAAAACCGCUCAUCAAAUCACCCAGUUAACUAAUGAAAUCUCGGCCAAUCAAAAUAAAAUCAAUUCUUUAAAUUUAUGCAUUGAACGUUUGAAUAAUGAGAAAAAGGAAUUGCAAUCUGAAUUAAAAAAUACCGAAAAUGUUUUGGCAAGUGUGCGUAAGGAUUUAAAAGAGAUGAAAUUGAAAAAUGAAAAUCUCUUAAAGACCAUAUCGGAUGAUGAAUUGAAAUUUAUGAAAAUAUCACAAGAACUAGAUGAAACUAGAAAGGAAAAGAAUUUAAUUGGUUUGCAGAUGGUGAGGCGUAAUGAUGAGAUUGUUUUGCUAAAGGAGAAAAUGUGUAUAACACAAACGGCUUUGGAUCAGGGUCAAACUCAAUAUAACCAGCGUAUCGAAGAUAUACGUCUACUUAAAGUGGAAAUAACCAAUCUACAAACUGAACGUGAGUGCUUGUCACGUGCUUUGAAAAGUACGGCGAAUAUGCGCGAGGAAAUCAUACGUUUGCAACGUUCUCUCAAUCAGGAACGAGUACGUGUUCGAUCUCUGACUGAAGAUGCUAAAACUCCUACGGGUGUACAUCGUUGGCGUAUAUUAAAGGGUCAGGAUCCUAAUAAAUUUGAAUUGUUGGCUAAAGUGCAAAUGUUGCAAAGGCGCACUUUAAAACAAGAAAUUGAAAAGACCAAUCUGCAACGUCAACUGGAAGAGUCACAUAAAGUUUCUGAAACAUUGAAGAGGAUUGUGGAGAACAUGCCCACAACAAAGGUUAAACAAAAAUUGGUGGAAACACAACGCAUCAAUAAACGCCAACUGAAAAAACUAAAAGCUCUCAAUGCUGAAUUGGCUAUUGAUGAAAUCGAGCUGAAGGCACGUGAAUGUAUCAUAGAAGAAUUUAAGGCUACAUUGAAAUUAACAAAACAACAGCUGUGUGGUGCUGGGGAUGUGAUGGGGAGCACCACCAGCCAACAAGAGGUUACUGAUUAUACAAGUCAAGAAAAUUAUAUCGAUUGCGUAUUUACCGCUUCAGAUGAUUCGCAAAACGUAGAUGUUAAUCAGAUGGAUUCAAAUCAAAUAGAUGUAAAUAAAACUGGAAUCGAUUAA